AUGUCCAAAGUGAAGUGCCCUAAGUGCCAUGCUGAAGCCCACAUCUCGGAGCUGAUCGACAACUUCUUCCUGCAGGAUGCCAAGGCUCAGCGGGAGGACAACCAGCCGAACUCAGACCCACAAUGCACCAGCUGUGAGGAGAACGCACCUGCAACUGCCUUCUGUGAGGACUGCUCUGAUUGGCUGUGUGAGGCGUGCGUACAAGCCCACGGGAGGGUAAAGGUCACGAAGGAGCACAAGCUGCAGAACAAGGAGGAGGCUCUGGCAGCUCAGGCGGAGAUGGCAUCCCAGCGUCCCCUGUUCUGUCCACUGCACAGACAGGAGCAGCUGAAACUGUACUGUGAGACCUGUGACAAGCUAACCUGUAGGGACUGCCAGCUACUGGAGCACAAGGAACACAGGUGAGAGAUCUUACCUUGGUCCUUUUUUAAUAUCUAAAUCUACCACAGGUACGCAUUUGUAAACGAGGCUUCCCAGAACCACAAGCAGUUUCUGCAGACGCUGGUGGAGAAGCUACAGGAGAAGAAGUCGUACAUCCAGAUGGCGAGAGCCAAGAUCAGGGAGAGAUACCGAGAUGUUCAGGAGACUGAGAAGAAAAUGGUCCAGGAGAUCAAGGCUUUCAUGUUCAUGCUGAUCACAGAGAUCAACAAACGAGGGAAGCAGCUGUUAACUGAACUGCAGGUCACUACCAAGGACAGGAUGAACAAGUUAAAAGCCCAAGAUGAAGAGAUCCUGAGGUUGUCCAUGGCUGUGGACCAUUGUGCGAACUUUGCCAACUUUGCCAUGAACCUGGGAAACAACACGGCACUUCUGUACAGUAAACGCCACAUCACCAACCAGCUCAAGAACAUACUCAGGACACGCUGUGAACCAAACCCCUGUGUACCCUCCAAUAUGAAGUUCAUGGUGGACAGCACGUUUGUAGCCCAGUACAUCAGCAGACUGGGAGCACUGUUAGCAGAGGGGGACCAGAUACAGCGGGUACAGGAAAGACAACAACAAUUACAUCAACAACAACAACAACAACAACAACUGGCAGGAGGGGACCUGCUGAGGGCUCAGGAAAGACAAAGACAGCUCCAUCAACAACAACAACAGCUCCAACAACAACACCAGCAGCAGCAACAACAACACCAGGCUGCAAACCAGCAGAGGAACGUGCCCCCCUCGUCCGGUAUCCGCCCCCCUCCCCCCCUGGUCCCCCGCUCCUCCGGCGCAGGCCACCCGAGCCAGAGACCCGACAUGACACAGAGGGCAAACCUUCAGCAGCAGCAACACCAGAUGAGACAGCUGCAGGCUUAUAUACAGAGGGCACAGGCUCAGGCCCAGCUACAGCAGAUGAGUCCAGGUGCAGCAGCUGCAGCCUUUCAGCAGAACAAACAGCUGCAGGGGUUCACAGGUGCAGGGCCGCAGCAACAGGUGCCCACCUCGUCAGGCCUGGUCAACCUGAACAGUCUUCCCAAGCUUCUGAGUGUCCCUCCCCUGACCCAGGAGCAGUUACAGACCCUGGCACAGAAGGCAGCUAACCUGGCUAACCUGCAGAGGGCACAGCCAAGCAGGCAACAGAUGUUCCAGCAUAUUCCCGGACCCCCUGCGGCCCAGCCUGCCCCAAACCCGUCCCACCCGCCCCCACCCAGACCCGCAGCCCCACCCUAUCCCAGCGGCGCUCCUCCCAACAUGCAACAGGGCAUGGCGGCACUGCCGAGAGAGGAGGAGAGAGUAGAUAGCGGGAUCGCCAGCUCGCCAUCCGACAAUGGACAGGCCCAGGCACCAUCACCAAGACAUCAGGUCAACUCCCCGCCUGAGAACGCAGCGGCGGCGGCAGGGGCUGCUGGGCCUGAGGGUCAAAGGUCAAGGUCAAGACCUAGCAGCCGGGACAGCGCAGGAUUUCAGCCCCAAGUUCCUCUACAAGACAUCAUGAAAGACGUGAAGAAGGAGAAACUGGACGCAGGUGCCGGCGGGUCCAGCUGCAGUUUUGCAGCCACAAGCCAGGGGGAGCCGGGCACCAGCACCAGCAGCACUGCCAAUGUUAGAGUAAAGCAGGAAAAAGGACUGCAGCACACCUGUGGAAGAGGAGAAGGUGAAAAUGAACAUCUCAGCACAGCUGGCUCUGCCUCGGCAACGGUGGAACUUCCCCCGGCAACAACAGGGCUUCCCGUGGCAAACACAGGUCUACCUCUACCCACAGCAGCAGAUGCCCUAGCAGCCAUGGAUGCGGCGCCCACCCACAACCCUGAUGACCCAAACGAAGACUGGUGUGCCGUCUGUCACAAUGGAGGCGACCUGCUCUGCUGUGACACGUGUCCUAAAGUCUACCACCUCAACUGUCAUGUACCCAACAUUCCUGCCAUGCCCAGUGGAGAUUUCAUGUGCACGUUGUGUGAAGAGUUACCAGACGCAGACACCACACCCAUAUCUGAACAUGGCAACAAGAGGAAAGCACCGACCGGCAUGCCUGACAGAGACCUAAAGGUGUGUGAGAAGAUUCUCCUGGAGUUGUUUUCCCAUGAACACAGUGUCCCUUUCCACGAUCCAGUCCCCACUUCAGUCCCGAACUAUCACAGGAUCAUCGCCCACCCGAUGGACCUGACCACCAUCAAGAGUAAACUGCACAGGAAGCACUUUAACCACUACCAGAGUGUGGAGGAGUUUAUCUACGAUGUGGCCCUGGUCCUCACCAACUGUGCUAAGUACAACCUGGGGGAGUCGGAGGUCGGCCACGCGGGAAAGCUGAUCGCAGACUUUUUUACGGAACGGUUGGCCACCUACUGCCCAGAUCAUGUCGAAACGUUUGUGUGCACGCUGGGUCACCAGAUGGAGAACCCUGCGCUCAGCAGGACGGUAGAAGAUCAAACUCAGGCCAGAAAAAAGCAGAAAAAAGAUAGCGAGUCCUGAAAGCGUUUGACCACCACUGGCCUACCUCUGAUGUUGGCAAAGCAGGGAGAGAAGUGGAGACGUGGAUGGAAAGGCUCCUGACGUACCGCGCUCCCGAGUUCUUAUCAAGCUUCCUUAUCUACAUGCUUGACCGUUCGAACCAAAUGCAGGCAAGCACUUCCAGUUCAGAGGUCACAGAACC